AUGAAGAUAAUCGAAUCUGGAGCUUACCAGUCUUGGCGAGAUGAACACGAAGAGCCUGCACGCCAAGAUCCUAUGGGUUACACCAUCGGCUGGAUCUGCGCCAUAGAGAAAGAGUAUGUUGCCGCCCAAGUUUUUCUUGAUGAAAAAUAUGAGAGGCCCGAUCGUUUGCCCCCCAACGAUAACAACAAAUAUACGCUUGGUAGGAUCGGAAAGCAUAAUAUCGUUAUCGCUGUGCUUCCAAAUGGCAAAUACGGAGUGUCAUCCGCGGCGGGCGUUGCAAGAGACAUGCUGCAUAGUUUUCCCAACAUCAGAAUUGGCCUGCUGGUUGGAAUCGGCGGCGGCGCACCGAGUUUGACGCAUGACAUCCGACUUGGUGAUGUUAUAGUGGGUGUUUCCAACAAUGGAAAAAGUGCUGUCUUCCAGUAUGACUUUAGAAAGGCCAUACAAGGCCAGGAAUUCCUCAAGACAGGAUUUUUAAAUCAGCCACCGCCGGUUUUACGAACAGCUAUUAAUGGGCUGAUGGCACAGUAUGAGAUUGAGGGGAAUCAACUAAGAGAAGCAGUCGAUAGCGUACUCAAUAAGAAUCCGAGACUACGAAAGAGAGGUUAUAUGCGACCUGAAGCAAUUACCGAUAGGCUCUAUCGGUCGCAAGUCAUUCAUCCUCUAAAUAGCGGGACUUCCUGUGCGACAGUCUGUGGUGACGAUCCAUCCAGCCUUAUCAAGCGGCACCAACGGGAGGAAGAUGAUGAUGACCCGCUCGUCCACUAUGGUCUGAUAGCUUCGGCGAACAUGCUUAUGAAGGAUGCCUUAGUUCGAGAUGAACUUAUAGCAAAGGAGGGUAUCCUUUGCUUUGAAAUGGGAGCCGCCGGUCUUAUGAAUCACUUUCCAUGUCUGGUUAUACGUGGAAUCUGCGACUACUCAGACUCACACAAAAGUACAUUGUGGCAGGGCUAUGCAGCGAUGACAGCUGCAGCAUAUGCAAAAGAUCUUCUCCAUCGAAUAGCUCCAAUUAAAGUUGAAGCCCAGAAAAAGAUUAGUGAUGUUUUAUCUGAAAACCACCUGGAUAUUGCAGAACACCAUCGAGAUAUUGCAAAGGAAGAGCCUAAAUCCCUGGAAGAUUUCGCAAAUGAGAGGCUAUCUAAAGAAGAACAAGAGUGUCACCAGCUUUUCCGCCUUACAUCUGGUGGCAAAGACACUACGUAUGAAUGGUAUAAAGACCGGAUUGAUGAGAGAGUCGAGAAUACAUGUCUUUGGCUCCUACAAAACGAGCACUACCAAAAGUGGUUAAAACAAGAGUCCGGGCCCCUGCUAGUUACAGCAGAUCCUGGCUGCGGGAAAUCAGUUUUAGCGAAAUAUCUUAUCGACCACGGGCUACCACGACCAGCAACCACACAUAUCUGCUACUUUUUUUUUAAAGACGAAGACCAAGACACCUCUCACCAAGCACUCUGCGCACUGCUUCAUCAAAUAUUUUCUCAAAUGCCGUUUUUAAUUAAACAUGCUAUGCAAUCAUUCCGUAAUAAUGGGGAAAAUUUAAUUACACAUACAGACUCUCUCUGGACAAUUUUACAAGAUGUUACCAGAGACCCAGAGGCAGGGUCUAUAAUUAUAGUCCUUGAUGCUCUGGAUGAAUGUGCGGAGUCUGAGUUUAUGGACUUAAUGAGGAAUAUCGAAAGUCAAUUCAAUGGCAAUCAGUUAAGCGGCACCAAGAGCAAGCUAAAAUAUCUUCUCACAUGUCGCCCAUACGAGCAAAUUAUAACACAAUUCCACAAGCUAUUAAAUUCUUUUCCAAAUAUCCACAUACCAGGAGAGGACGAAUCAGCAGUCAUCUGUCAGGAGAUAGAUGACUUUAUUAAAUACCAAGUCAGCUAUUUACCACUAUCGGCCGGAAUUAAAAUUUACCUUCAGAAAAGACUGCAGGAAAUUCCGCACCGCACCUAUCUUUGGGUAUACCUUAUAUUCGACUAUAUAAAACAGGGAAACUUUAAAAUGACGUUACAAGGCGCUGAAUCUAUCAUACAAACUCUCCCUAAAAGUGUUAAUGAGGCAUAUGAGCAAAUUCUCAAUAAGUCUACGGAAAAGCGUAUGGUUCGGAAAGCCUUAAGUAUUAUCUUAGCUGCCAGUCGACCACUGACGCUAUCGGAAAUGAAUAUUGCUAUGAAUAUAAAGGACAUGGCACAAGAUGAUACAACACAAACUUUUUACGACCUUGAUUUAGAGAACGAAAUGGACUUUAAGUCGCGUUUACGGUCCUGGUGCGGAUUGGUUAUCUCAAUCUAUCGUGGCAAAAUUUACUUCUUCCACCAAACUGCUCGCGAAUUUCUCCUCGCAGCAUAUCCAACAUCCAUCCCAUCAACACCAUACUGGCAUCAUUCUAUUACUACUCGCCAUGCACAUUCUAUACUCGCAGAGCUCUGUGUCCUCUAUCUAAACUUGUUUAAUUCCUCUACUAUAGAGAUGGAUAUGACACCCAGCUACUUUACAGAUAGGAACGCUUUUUUAAACUACUCGGCUGAAAAUUGGGGUUAUCACUUCCACAAAGCUCACAUUACUGAUAACGCCGCUAUUAUACCUGCGACCUUAAGAAUUUGUGAUCCCAGUUCAAAAAGCUUCUUAGCAUGGUUUAAAACUUAUCAGCGGUCUAAAAAUCUAAGCCCUGAUGGGCAUAUUACGGAUCUUUUAAUAGCAACACACUAUGGUCAUCACGCUAUUGUUAAGGUGCUGGUCGAGAAUGGGGCCGAUAUUGAGGCAAAGGAUAGUAUGGGCCGGACGCCGCUAUCACAGGCUGCUGAGAAUGGGCAUGAGGCUAUUGUAAAGCUGCUGGUUGAAAAGGGAGCUGAUAUUGAGGCAAAGGAUCUCUUUGGCCAGACGCCGCUAUCACAGGCUGCUGAGAAUGGGCAUGAGGCUAUUGUAAAGCUACUAGUCGAAAAUGGGGCAGAUAUUGAGGCAAAGGAUGGUGUAUUUGGCCGGACGCCAUUAUUAUGGGCUAUUGAGAGCGGGCAUGAGGCUAUUAUGCAGUUGCUGGUUGAAAAAGGAGCUGAUAUUGAGGUAAAGGAUAUCAUGGGCCGGACGCCGCUAUUACAGGCUGCUGAGAAUGGGCAUGAGGCUAUUGUAAAGCUGCUGGUCGAGAAGAGGGCUGAUAGUAAGUAA